AUGUUUUUCUUUCUUUCUUUCAAUUUGUAUCUCUCUCUCCCUCCCUCUUCCUCUCUCUUUCCCUCUCUCUCCCCCUCUCUCAUUCUUUUUUUUUUAAAUUUUUCUUCAUUUUCAAAAGAUUUGUAUCGUCGUGUUUUGCAAUCUUUCUUUCUUUCUUUAUUUCUUCUUUCUUUCUUUUUUCAAAUUUCUCUAAUCGUGUUUUCCUUGUUUCUUUCUUUAAUUUUGUGCUUUUGUUCUCUUUCUUUCUCUUUUUCUCAUCUUCCUUUUUUUGUAAUAUUUCAUGUUUUGUUUAAAGAUUUCUAUAAUCCUGUUUUCUUUCUUUCAUUUUCAACAAUUGUCUUUUACUUUUAUCUUUGUACUAUCAACAUGUUUUCUUAUUUCUUCUUUCUUUCUCUUUCUUCUUUUGCGUCUCUUUUCUUUUCUAAAAAUUUAUAUUACCUUGUUUUUCUUGUUUCUUUCUUUCAUCAAAUUUUAAUUUUGUUUAAUUUUUAUAAAAAAUUUGUAACUCUACGAAUUUCUUUCUUUCUUUUUUCCUUUCUUUCUUUUUUCUUUCUUUCUUUUUUCCUUUCUUUCUUUUUUCCUUUCUUUCUUUUUCUUUCAUUCAUUCUAGACACACCCGUUAAUGAAGUACUCGAUGAUCCCAACCGGAAGAUGUACAUUUCACUGUUUAUAAAUAAAAAGGAAUAUUGA